AUGACUACAACACAUGAACCAAUUUCUGUUGAUGGAUCAUUAUCACCAAAUUCAAAUACAAAUAAUAAUAAUCAACAUCGUCGUCGUUCAUCAUCAAUAAUUUCUCAUGUUGAACCUGAAACUUUUGAAGAAAAAAUUGAUCAAGAUUCAACACCAAAUUUAAAUGCAAAUUGGGUUCAUUCAAAAGGUGCUUGGUUAGUUCAUAUUGUUAUUAUAUUAUUAUUAAAAAUUUUCUUUGAUUUAAUACCUGGUUUAUCAAAUGAAAUUAGUUGGUCAUUAACAAAUGCUACAUAUGUUAUUGGUUCAUAUAUUAUGUUUCAUUUAGUUAAAGGUACGCCAUUUGAAUUUAAUUCAGGUGCUUAUGAUAAUUUAACAAUGUGGGAACAAUUAGAUGAGGGAGAUUUUUAUACACCAAGUAAAAAAUUCUUAGUUGGUGUACCAAUUUGGUUAUUUCUUUGUUCAACUCAUUAUAGUCAUUAUGAUUUAAAAUUAUUUAUUAUAAAUUUAUUAAUUUGUGCUGUUGGUGUUGUACCAAAAAUUCCAAUUUUUGAUCGUUUAAGAAUUACAUUUUUUUAA